GCAGAAUGCAAAGAAAGAUAAAUCCAUGUUACAGACAUUGAUUAGCUACGUCUACAGGGAAAUAGUAACGCCUUUUACUGGAAUUUAAAACACGCAACGCAGUUUCACUUUCACACUGGCUUGUGAAGAGGAAAUAAACACAGACUAAGAAGUUUAGAAAACAACCCAAAAAACAAAUGUAUCAAAUCUUUUAAUAAGGUAACGUACUUGAAGAAGAGCCAUGGCAUUGGACAGUAUCCGCAUGAGCUCCAAAGAGUUCACCAAGAAAGAGCUUCUGGACUAUGGGGGAUUUGGGAAGGUUUCACUUUGUCUUCAUGAGACACAUGGCUUUGUGGUGUUAAAAACAGUCUACACAGGACCACUAUGCACUGACUCUAAAGCCCUCCUGGACGAAGGUGAAAUAAUGAACAGACUGACUCAUGAAAGGAUUGUAAAGCUGCUUGGUGUGAUCUUAGAAGAAGGCAACCACGCCCUUGUGAUGGAGUACAUUCCCAAAGGCAACCUGCUUAUGCUGCUCAAAAAUGUAUCUGUGCCAAUUUCCAUAAAGGGAAGAAUCAUUUUAGAGAUCAUUGAAGGGAUGGUUUAUUUAAACCAGAAAAACAUUGUACACAAGGACCUUAAACCUGAGAACAUCUUAAUUGAUAAAGAUGUUCAUGUAAAGAUUGCAGACCUCGGGCUGGCCACCUGUCAAGCCUGGAGCAAACUGACCAAGGAGGAGUCCAGAAGGCAGAGCCGCUCACAUAGGAAAACACAGACCAACGCAGGCACUCUUUAUUACAUGGCCCCGGAACACCUGGACAGCAUCCACACCAGAUCCACUGAAAAAUCAGACGUAUACAGUUUUGGCAUUGUAGUCUGGGUCAUUCUGGCAAAUAAGGAGCCAUACGAGAAUGCACACAAUGAAGGUCAUGUUUACCAUAGUGUCUGUAAAGGUGAUCGUCCAGACCUGAGUGACAUUCCCGUCUCUACACCAGAGGAGAUUACAAACUUAAUGAAGCUCUGCUGGGGUGCUGAUUCUACGAAGCGCCCAGCAUUCACAGACUGCUUAAAAAAAUUCACUCCUUUUUACACAAAGCACCUGACCAAAGACAUAGAAAGAGACCUGGAAAACCUGAAGAAAGCAUAUGAAGGACCAGAAGAUUUUCUGGAAAAAAUGAAGUUGUUGACAUUAGAGCCCACACAAGAUCACCCUAGUUCCUUGCGCAGCUCCCAAGAAUCGCCUGUUGAAACCAGCGUUGAGGACAUCUUUUUUUCUGAGAAUUCCAUCCAGAUUGAUGCUACACCUGGUGAGAACAUUCUGCAGCAGAAACUAGACGGGGAGUACAAAUACCACAAGUACGGUAGCCGCAUGGAUCAACAGCAUGCCUCAGGCAGCACACUUGAUCCGCUUAGAGAAGAAAGAAACAGAAGAGUCUCCAACAAUCCUUCUUAUGAGAAGGCUUCCACUGGAGAAUCUGCAGCCAGGAAUAAAGAGGUGCCCAAGAGGAAGCCUUAUCUAGGGCUGUCUUCCCCUGGAGAAUCCAAAGUAUAUCCUAAUACCAGUGAUACAAGUCAGAAGACAGAGGUUAACCAACCAUUCAACUACCCUGGCAUGUAUAACAGUCCUGGAACUGUGGGGCCUGUACCGGGUAGUCCAUAUCCAUACAGCACGGGCGCACCAUUCCCAUAUAAUCCUCUGUUUCAACGCAUGAAUUCUUUGCCAGCUGGGUUUCCAGUUCCAGAGUCAGAAGCUAUGCAGGGGAUGCCCUUCAGUCCUAUAAAUCGUUACCCAUCACAAGAUAAAGAAAACAUCACCACCCCCAAUGCUACUAAGUGUGUAUGGCCUAAUAACUCUCAUGCUUCAAUACCAGGACUGCUAAAUCCAAAUGACUUUUUAGGGACAGGAAACUGGAUUAUAAACAAUGCCAGUGGAGUGCAGAUAGGCAAUUACAAUCACCUGAGCAUCGGAAGCCAGACCAUCAGUUCAGAUCCAUGCCCGUCUAGCCCACAAAGCAACAACUGUCCUGUGGAAAUUAUACAAAUGUUUGAGAAUAAUCCAGUUGAGGAAGAACAUCUUCAACUGCUUCGAGACAACCUUGGCAGAAACUGGAAACACUGUGCCCGGAAACUUGGCAUUAGAGAGCCAGAAAUUGAAGAGAUUGAUCACGACUACGAACGGGAUGGACUGAAAGAGAAGGUUCACCAGAUGCUUGAGAUGUGGAAAAUGAGGGAAGGCCAGCGAGGCACCACAGUUGGAAAGCUAUUGAAAGCCCUGCAGGACAAAGGUGAUCUCCCCAAUAAACUUCUUGAGCUAUGCAAGAACAUGCAAUCCCCAUAAAUGAAUGAGGAUCUGAAUACUCGUGGACACAUAGAUAGAGAGAGAGUAGGGUUUUGAGACAUUUAUUCUUAGUAUUGAAAAGUUUAAAAAAAAAAAAAACUCCAACCCUUAAAUUUUGAAGAAUCAUGAAUCUCUGGGAAGAAUAUGAAUAUUUUUGUAUUAGGCUGUUAAAAUACCUUAAUAUUUGAUGUUUUCUAGGAGCAACCCUUUAAAACGUACAGAAUUGUCUUGCAGAGACCCUUGCUAUUUCACAGUCUCCCCCAAUAUUAUAAUAUAAUUAUUAUUAUUUUUAAACAUACAAUACAGUGGUAGCUUUUUUAUAUGAUUUUAAAAAAUUGUUGUCUCUUUAAAAAUGGCAUAAACGUGUAAUGUGUCUGUCUGAACUGUAUUAUCUCAAUACAAAAAAAAAAAAAACACUUAUUUUUGUUAAUAUAUAAAGUUCAAUUCAAAACCAGUGUUAGCUAAAGUACUACUUCAAGAUCAAGCAAUAACUUAAAAGCAUUAUUUGUAAUUUUGGGCAAAUUUUUAUACAUUUUUAUAAAUCAAGUCAUCUGAGAAAUGUUAGUCUCAUUCAAGCAGUAGGCUAAUUCCGGACUUUCCCAUAUAUUCAGUAAAAUACGUACAUUUAAUCUUGUAUUUAAAUGUCCACUGCUCUGUCUGUCCCACAUACUGUGAGUUUAUACAAAUGUAUCCCUUUGCCUUUUCCUUUUGCAAGAUUAUAAGGACAUUUUGUAUGUGUGUGAGAACUGCCUUACCGGUCAGACCUGAUUGGCAGAUCUUUUGAAAGCUACAUUUGCCUGAAUUUAAUUAAACACAUCUGAAUUUUAUAAAAGUUGGUAAUGUGUUACUAUUCAACAUGCUGUAUAAUUUAUUUAUUUUUUAAAGUAUUGAAGGCAAUAUCUUGAGAAGCACCUGUCUGUUGUUGUAAUUGACGUUAUACUAUUUUACGUGUAGGUCAUGUUGACAUAUG